AUGGUCGGCGACACCGACAACGGCCCAGAAACAGACAACAGCAGCGGUGCCAGCGCAGCAGAGGACUUUCCAACCAAGACGCCUCUCUACGUCUAUGCUCAAUGUAUUGCCGCAACAGAGGGCAAGGGGAUACCGGAUGAUAUAUCAUCUACCAUUGCGCGCUAUGCGGUCAUUCGAGGGCUGCGGUGUCCCUACAACUUUACAAUUAGUCCAGCAGUUAUAGAGCUAGGCCUUGAUGGCAAAUGCAGAAUUCCCGAGUUUGCUCGGUCUCGCAAUGCCCGAUUGGUCAUGAGCAAUGUGAUACCCGAUGGUUUGGAAUAUCUUGAAGUCCAACCAUAUUGCAUCUGGCACCCGGGCUUUGCAGACGAAGAGGCAUAUCGCCAGCUAGUUUACAGGUAUCCUACUAUGCGGUAUCAUGAGCUGGAUCUUCUGCCCGAAGUCUCUAUCGCAGAGGAGCCACGAGAGGGUGAGACGGAGGGGGGCCGUGAGAUAUAUGAGAUGAUCAUGUCUGCGCCCUUGGAAUAUGCCGUUGUGGAUGACUGGACUCGAACUGCCAACGCCGAUACUCCACGCGUAUCUGGAUUUCUAAACGGUGAUACGGCACCGCGAUGGAGUUUGCAAAGGAGGUAUCCACCCUCCAAAACGCCUGAGGUGAUAGCAGCUGCGAUAUAG